CCGCCCGGGCUCGGCCGAGGCCGCCGGGGCGCUGCUCCGGGACCUGCUCGCGGCGGGCGGCCCGGACGCGAUGUUCCAGGCGCUGGCCGCCCGGCGCGCAGAGGUGGACUGGGCAGUCGUCGAGACGGUGGCCGCGAACCUGGCCAACGCGACGGCGAGGGGCUACGCCGUGAAGCAGCAGGUGCUCUCGCGCCUGCUGGCGGCCGUGCGCGGCGUCUUGGCGGACCGCCGGCCGCAGACCAUCCUGCAGGUGGUCCCGCCGCCCGCCCUGGACGUGUCCGCCUGCUGGUCGGGCAGCGCGGGCGCGGCCCGCCGCGCGGCGUGCGCCGCCGCGGCGCUGCUGGAAGCGGGCGGGCUCGCGGUCUGCGACGCCUUUGUGCCCGCCGCGGAGGUGGAGCGGCUGCACGCGGAGCUCGCCUGCCACGACGCCGACUUCGAGGUCGCCAAGGUCUGGGUCGGCCACGGCCGGGAGGGCGCCCAGCUCGCCGUGCCCGACGUGCGGUCUGACAGGGUCUUCUGGGUGUGCGGCGAGCACAGGACCAGCCCGGGCGAGCUGCUCUGGGAUUCGGCCGGCGCGCAGCCGUCGGCGGGCCUCGCCCCCUGCCGGCCAGGCGAGGGCGCGCCCAAGAGGCCAGCUGGGGACUUCCCGCGCCUGCGGCAGCUGAUGCGCCGCGUCGACGGGUUCGUGCUGGGCCAGCUGGCCCAGCUCUGUCCGCGCCUGGCGGGGCUGGUGGAGAGGUCGGACGCGAUGGUGAGCAUCUACGAGGAGGGCGCCCACUUCCAGAAGCACGUGGACAACCCCAACCAGGACGGGCGCGCGCUCACGUCCAUCGUGUACCUCAACGGCGCCCCCGACUGGUCCCCUGCCGAUGGCGGGGAGCUGCGCGUCUUCCCCCCAGAGGGCGGCCCGCCGCUGGAUUUUGCGCCGGCCGGGGGGCGGCUGGUGCUGUUCUGGGCGGACCAGAUCGCCCACCAGGUGCUCCCGGCCCGGCGGCGCCGGAUGGCGCUCACCUACUGGUGGUUCGACCGCGCGGAGCGCGAGGCGAAGGUCCGGGAGCUGCGCAGCUCCGCCGCGCGGGCGGCCGGGCCCCUGGCCGAGCGGGACGAGGCCCUGGCGCAGCAGUUCGUGGAGAGCCUCCUGUCCGAGGGCGCCUCCGCGCCCGAGCUCGCCGCGCGUGCGCGGGCGCUGCCCGCGGGCGCGUUGGCCGCCGUGGCGGGCGUGGUCGGCGCCAAGGACGGCGCGCAGGCCCUGGAGGGCCUGGACAGGCUGUCGCCGGAGGACCUGGACCGCCUCAGGGGCUCCCUGGGGAAGAUGGGCCUCGACUGACGCGCCCGCCCCGCGGCCACCGCGGUGUGCGGGCGUGCCGUGGCGGCCGGCCCGGGCGCUGGGCCCCGACAGGGCGAGGCGGCCACGGCCGCGCGUGGCGCUGCGCGAGGAUGGCGACGCGCGCGCGCGCGCCGCGCUGCGCCAGGCGUGCACCUCUGCGACAGCGCGGCCGUCGUGCGUGCACGUGCGCUGCACGGGGUCUGGGCACGGGCUCCCGCCGCUCGCCCUCCCGCGCGCCAGCUCCUCCUCUGCAGUUCCCUGUGCCGCGGCCUCCUCGUCACGGGCGCCGCGACCCCGCCGCGCGACCGAGGAGGGGCGCCCUCUCCCCAGGGGCCAGGAGGCCGCUGCGGGCUGGGAGCCUCGGGCGCCGCCCCUCCCGCGAGGGCCCCCCCGGGGGGGGAGGGGAGGACACCGCGGCGAGUCGG